AUGUCUGGACGAGCUUUCCACGGUACGUACGAAGAGGAGCGUCGCCACUUCAUGACCACACUGCAUGCCCAGAUUGACAUUCUCAAGGACAACCACAAGGGUAGCCGGAAGAUGGUCAUCAGGUCUCUGGGUCUUCUUCUUCUGCGAGUCGAUGGCCUAAGAAUGUCCGGACAGGCUCGUUAUAACCACGACAACCCUAAUUGGACAUCUAAGUGCAACAAGCUCUAUGAACGGGUGCAAUAUUUCAGAGAUACUCUGGUCAAGGACCGAAGCAGCACCUCCAGAGUCGCCGACGAUAUCGAGAGUAUGAUGAUCUUUUUGGACUUUUGUGUUCCUGCCGAUAUCCAGUACAGGAUUCAGCCGGAUCGAGGCGACCGCAGUGGUGCCCCGUCGCCUGAACCUAGGCGUUGA